AUGAGCAAUACAAAUAUACUAUACAAACAAUCUGACAAUAUGUCUAAAUCUACAAAUUCUUUCUUAAAGAGUGCUCCAGUGGAGCUUACUACGGUGACUGGGUAUAAAGAUUUUGUCAAACGUUACUCCCAUACUUCUUUCACCACGGUGUUAAAGGAGGAUCAAACAGAAGGGUAUGUGAUCAAAGACGGAGACGUGAUUGCUACUGUUCUCGGAGAUGCUUUAAAACAUCUAAUUGAAGAGUCACACUGUUAA